CAGCGGGAGAGGUUCCUGCGACACAGUGACACCGGCCCCGGUCCUUCGUGCGACUGGCCCUCAGUGGACCCCAGCACGUCGCCGGCCGGGGCCAGGUCCCUUAAAGAGAGCGUCUGCUCGCGGCCGAGAGCGUGGAGCGUACGCACCUUCCAGGACUUCCUGCCUCCGCUUCCGCAGCUUCACAAGAAGUGGUGCAGCUGGAACUCCACCAGCCCCUUCACCAAGCUGGUGGACAACACGCCAUCUGGUUUGAUCCCCGACCGUAAAGAAAGCCACAGCAGGAAGGUGUUCUCCGACGCCCACCUGGAGGCCCAGGCGAACACCAGCGUCGUCUCCGACUCCUCCGCCAGCACCGCCUCCUACCCCCUGACGCAGCCCGCACAGCGACAGCACCGCCUCAACUCCACCAGCAACCUGCGCCGCUCCCGCUUCACCGGACCGUGUUUCGGCCUCCUCUCCGAAACAAAAGAUCCACCGAAGGGGGGCGGCGUCCCCCCGGGCUGUGUCCUCUCAGAGACCGGCCAUGGCUCCUCUUCCUCACCCUGCUCUUCCUCGUCCUCUUCCGCUCAGUGCCACGUCGAGAGCGGAAAGAGGCUGGAGUUCCCAGGCGAGGGCGACCACAUCAGCGUGCCGGUGUUCGCCAUCUCCGAGGAGGAGGACAGGCAGCCGCUGGUCUCGGCUCAGCACCUGGAGCGGACGAACGGACCGGUCAGGGCGAAGCACGAGAGCAAACGGCCUCCCACGGGCGGCGUCAGCCCCAAGAGGGUCAGGCCGGAGUGGAGGCCGUGGGGGAGUCAGGUGUCGGGCGGCGCCGCUCCGCCAGCUUCGGGAGCGUUCAGCGAGUCGGGGGUGCUGAAGAACGGCCAGCCGUCUGUGAGUCUGUCCACGGGGCUGUGCUCCGUGACAAACCAUAUGUGACCCGGAGCCAAGGGACGAGACAGUUCUGACAGAGACCUGGAUUUAUGAACUAGUGGCACUGUGAAAAUAACAACAAAAAA